UUCCCCUGAGGUGAAAGGCAGCGCAGGCGCAGUGGCGCCCGUCCCCGGCGUCCGUCAUGCGGAACCGGAGUUCCCGGAGCCGGAGCCGAAGCCGGAGCGGGCGGGGAGCGCGCUCUCCCGGGACCCGGAGCUUCAGGUCCAUGACACAAAAUGACCCUCACAGUGAAGAUUCUCACCCUUAAACAAGAAGACCAAACCAGAGCUUGUGAUGAGCAUGCCACUGAAUCAGAUCUCUGUCAUUCCAGCUCGAGAUGCUACCUCUAUCAGGGUCUCCAGGAGUAAGACCAAAGAAAAAGAGAGGGAAGAGCAGGGUAUAGACCUUGUACUGGUGUCACUGGAUCAAAAGAAUGAGAAGACUUUGAGGCAUUCCAUGAGUAAUUCAAGUCACAUUUCUAAGGCUGGAAGUUCAACUUGCGCAUCAGCUCUCCAUGGCUUCUCUCGCACAUCUGUUACCCCAUCUAACCAAGACAUCUGCAGUUCCCGUGCAGUGUUUUCUGAAUGUUGUCAUCACAGUCCCGUGCAGUCAGCUGUUGUCUUGAAAUCUGCUCUCUGCCAGAGUUCUCUGACACAAGGGGUCACUGUGACAGUGAUCUGUAAAGACACAUUACAGGCCUCAAAGAAAAACUCCUAUGGUCCAGAAUGGAUCCAGGCCUUUAAGCCUCCUAAGAAUACCAAAGCCAGAAGAACUCUCAAGUUCUCCAAGUCCCUCAAUGAUGUGGUUGAGAAGACCCAGAAUACUAUGGAGAAUUUUGACUGUGUAGAAAGAACUUAUUCUGAAGGAAAAUUAGCACCACCUCAAGACCAGUGCCUCAGGAUGAACAAAUUUCACCAUAAGGAGAAACAGAUUAUCAAUCUGAAGCCUCUUGUAUUUGGCAGUUAUAAACACUCACAUGCUCCAUCAUUUUCUGCCAAUCAUUCAAGCACCUUUGGAAUAGGAGCCAACCAAGGGAGUUUCAACAUUCCAUCCCUUGAAGAGAAAGCAGAUAAUGAGGCAACCUUGAAAAGCAAACGCUUGCUCUGUUACCUCUUUUCCUUCUCUCACAGUUCAAGCACCAGCAGUUUGCACAAGUUCCAUGAGCUAGAAACUUGCUCCGCUGGCUUGCUGGCAGCUAAAUCUUCCAGUGUGCUGGUGGGGAGCACAGGCUUCUGCUCAGAUGAUAUGGGAGAUGAUGAUGUCUUUGAGGACAGCAUAUCCUCCAAGAUGAAAAACAAGGAGAUACGGGCACCCCUCUGCUCCACUGAGAAAGAUAGCGACCUGGAUUGCCCUUCUCCCCUCUCUGAAAAGUUGACCCCCUUAUCCCCUGUGUCAACAUCAGGAGACACGUGCAGGAUAUGUCACUGUGAAGGAGAUGAUGAGAAUCCUCUUAUUACACCUUGUCACUGCACAGGAAGUCUUCAUUUUGUCCACCAAGCCUGCCUACAACAGUGGAUCAAAAGUUCAGACACACGAUGCUGUGAACUCUGCAAAUACGAAUUCAUAAUGGAGACCAAAUUAAAGCCUUUAAGAAAAUGGGAAAAAUUGCAGAUGACAUCCAGUGAACGGAGGAAGAUCAUGUGCUCUGUAACAUUCCAUAUCAUUGCAAUCACCUGUGUGGUAUGGUCCUUGUAUGUCCUCAUAGACCGAACUGCUGAGGAGAUUAAGCAGGGACAGACAACUGGGAUCCUGGAAUGGCCCUUUUGGACUAAACUGAUGGUCGUGGCCAUCGGCUUCACUGGUGGACUUCUCUUUAUGUAUGUACAAUGCAAAGUAUACCUACAAUUAUGGAAGAGACUUAAGGCUUAUAACAGAGUGAUCUAUGUCCAGAACUGUCCAGAAACAAGUAAAAAGAAUAUCUAUGAAAAAUCUGCACUAACAGAGCCAAAUUUCGAAAGUAAAGAUGGGCGGCAUGGGGCCUGUCAUUCUGACACAAACUCUUCCUGUUACACAGAGUCUGAAGACCAUGGAGCAGAAAUUCUUCAAGUCUGAGAAGGGGAUGUUUAUUUUUUCCCAGACAUUCAUGAAGAGCUGAGAUGACACUGUUUACUGCAAACUGUAUACCUUAAAAAAAAAAAAAUCAGCCAACAGCUUAGACUGGGCAGUUGAAUUUUUUAUUACAUUCUGUUUUUCUAAAUCAUCUUGGACAUAUCUUUUAAUAUGUUAUCAUGGUGGCAUACCUCUUCUGUUGAGUAUCUUAUGGGUGUGCUCUAUGGGAAGGAAUGGUAAAAUGUAGGUGACUGAUGCUACUGAUAGGGAGCCACUUUGCUGGCUGAUUCAUGGUCAGCCAAGUUGUAAAACCUGAAAGAUGAAUAGAAGGAAAGCAAAUACAGAAUAUCUAUGAGCAGCCACAUCAUGAAGCAUGAAUUGGAUUUUCCAAAGAGUCCUUUCUUUCACUUUAACAUCAGAUACCCCUAAGAACACUGGGAAAAAGCCAACCAUCAUGAAAUGUCUCCAUCACCCAAGGAGAAGCCUGAGAGAGAGAUGCCCUGGAAGACCUUAAGUCUGGACUCAGAGCAUCUGCUCGUCUCUGCCAUUAAGAUCUCUCUUGGGCAGUCAGGUUACAAUCAUGUUUUACAUGUAAAAAUGAGCGACUCACAAAGCAAACAGCACUUUUAAAAAUCUUUAUUUUGUAAUAUGUGUGUCCAAUCGGAUUGAAACUUGAAAGAAUGUCUCAUUUCAAAAUAGUCCUUUCAAUACACUCGGCCCUUUCUUAUAGGCCCUAAAGACCUUUCUGCCUUAUGAUCUCUAAAAUGUUUGUGAUUUCCAAUACAUCCCCACAGAAUCUUUGUGACCAUAAUGGAACAAACCCUAACGUGGAACUAAUUCCUAAACCCUAACAAGAACAAAUUCAUAGAAAUUCAUGGAUGUAAAAUAUGAAUUGAAAAUGGUUCCUGUGGGUUUAAUCUCAUUUUUGGGAAGUUUAUAUAUGACAACUGUACACUUGUACUUUUAGAAUAUCCAGUCUUAGCUACAGAAAUAAAAGGUGUGUUGUGACCUUACAGGAGGGCAAGGGAGUGAAUGACCAGGAAUUGGUUGCCUUUCUUUUGAUGCUAAUUUGUAUCCAAAUCUCUCCAAUUUGUGCUACUGUGACGAAUGGAUUUGAAUUAAGAAGUAAAUGUUUCACACCUGUGAGUGUGCAUAUAUGUCUUUUAGCAGGUACAAGCAAUGAAAAGAGCAUAUGAUAGUUGCAUUGACCUGGUUACUAAGUGUAUAGAAGAGGGAAGUUGGGGACCCCUCUGGGUGUGGUAGAUAAGGUGUUAUGAUGGAUAAGGGAGGGAUCUAGUUCAGUCACCUCCUAAAGGCUAUUUAUCUAACAGCUCUUAUCCUGAAAUGGGAAAUAUUGGUGGCAUGAUGUCAAAAUGACUACUAGCAUAGACAGACUGAGCUGGCACCAGGAAAUGAACUGUUCUGAGGCAAAUUAACUUUCAAUGGAUUGUUUUUAGAUUAAUUGUCCUGUUCCUAUAAGCAAACUGGCAAGCUGAUGAGGCCUCAGCAUUGGAAAACAGCUUCUGUUGCCUCCAUUGACAGAAGGCCCGUGCUCAGAUGUUACCUUAACCAAAUUGAAUCAAAGAAAACUGUUAAAUAUAUUAAUAGCCAAUAGAGUAUGCAGCCUAUUCCUACUCCCCAUGCUCCUUGUGUUUUUUAAAGGGGGGGGGGGAAGGUAGCAUGGAAUAAACUUGUUUGCUUAGAAAACUCCAUUUUGAAAUGCAGCUUUUUCAAAGAUUUCUCACAUAACUGGACUUGAAUGGGAUGGCAGACUAGACAGAAAGAUCCCAGAGUAUAGCUUAAGUCCCUAGGGUACAGCAUAAAAAACAGAUUCCCCCAUCUUCUUUGGCCCUUGGAUUUGUGAAGAAAUGAUUUUUCUCACCAUGCAAGAGGGGAAGAAGACGAAAGACCUUCAAGUUCCCAGUGUGAGCCUCUGUGUUUACAGGCUUCCCAGCUUCACUCACGUUACUCUUUGGAUUCUUUCAUCUUCACAAACCUCCAGCUAAUGUGUCUGACACAAAUUCUUUACUGGCCUAGCCAUGGCUCUCUUGGUCCCUCACAUUCUUUUGUUGUAAAAGCAGGUGAAACAUCCCCCUCCUGUUCCCUUCCUCUUGUCCUGGGCCAGUCAGAAUCUGUGCUUGUGUAGACUCUAUGUUUAAAAGUGCCCUUACUCCUGCUCCUUCCUCAGGCCUGAUCUGUAAACACAGUGAUUCAAAGAUUAUCUGCUCAGGUGUGUUAAAUAACAGGUCUGCCAGACUCUCAGCCUUUUAAACAACCACCUUUUCUAUGGCCCAGGUGACUCUUACUUCUUUCUACCACUUGUGACAAUAAAAAAGAGAUAAAAUUGG